GAGCGCCGACGGCAGCACGGAGGCCAAGACACGGGGCACGCCGAUCAGCGAGGCCAUGGUGGACACCGCGAUCCACCUCUGCAUGCGCUCUUCACGCCUUGAGGAGACAUUUUUUUGGGAGUGGCCCGAGAAGGGCAGUUUAUGGGAGGACGGCAGAGUUCAACUUCGAUGUGGUGUUGCAGAGCAUGUUAUUCCCACUCGCGCUGGUGGCGCGGCCGCCGAGUCGAGCGUCGACGGGGAAAAGAACGAACUUUCCACGAAUGAGUGCUUGAGGAUCGUGACCGCGCACGCCCGCGUGUCGAGAGCAUUGGAUCUCCUGGGGGCUCCGCUGGACGACGUCAACGUUGCGAUAGCCGCAUCUCUGUGGAGGGCGCUGACGCUGGUGACGAACAAGCAGCGCGUGUGUUGCGUGAGGGAGCGCCGCGGGCCUGCUGCGAAGUCCGAGGGGGCGAAGUCCCAGGGGGCGCUCGAUGCCGUCUGGGAGGAGCUGGGCGCCCGCCGGGACCGAGGCAUUUGGGACUUGGAGUCGGCGGUGGUCGGCAGAGUGUUCAUGAUUCUCGGCGUGAAGAACUCGGAGCUCAGCUUGGAGCAUACGCGGUGCCGGGCACGGACAGCAUUCCACGGGAACAACGUGAAACUUAGAAGCGGCCGUGCCCCCUACGAGGUGUUCGAGGAGAUUUCAAACGCACCAGCGUCGCUGACGGUGGCACGGUGCGCCCUGGCCGUCGCCAUCCUCAAGGGCAUGGUCGUCGCGUGCAGGGACGCGUACCAGGUCUAUUUGCAGACGCGUUGCGACACUGAGAGGGAGCCCGUCACGUUGAUCGAGCUGCCAAGGGAGUGGUGA